AUUCCAGCCAGUAAUCCAUCACUCGGAUUUUUCCUUUUCUUCUUGCAUUCUUCAAAAAAAGUAGUGUUCGGCUGUCGUUGAAUACUACGCCUGGGAAAAUUGGGACUUGCUUUUUUUCUUUUUUUCUUUUUCUUCUUUUUCUUUUCUAUCUCGACAACUCCCCCCCGGUCUUUCUCUUCCGUUUCCUCUCAUCCCGCCUUUCUACGUGGAAUAAACACUCUCUAGACCGUCACAAUGCCUCCCUCAUCUUCCAAGGAGAAGAGACUCGCGAAGAAGGCCGAGAAGGCCGCCGCCGGAGGCAAGGACAAGAAGGGAGCCAAGGUCGGCAAGAAGGACGAGCCUGAGCUCGAUGUUCAUGGAAACCCCGUCCAGGAUACCGAUGGCCCCGCCACCACCGAUGACAAGCUGGACGAGGUGAAGCGUCUGGCCGACCAGAUGGACCAGCACGGCAUUUCCGACCGCGUCACGACCGGUGUGCUGUCCUCGACCCAGCAGAGCAAGGACGUCAAGAUCACCAGUACCUCGCUUGUGUUCCACGGCCGAGUCCUCAUCACCGAUUCCACUCUCGAGCUGUCCUUCGCCCGCCGAUAUGGUCUCCUCGGUGAGAACGGCUGCGGAAAGUCUACUCUGCUCAAGGCCAUCGCCGCUCGAGAAUACCCCAUUCCCAGCCACGUCGACAUCUACCUGCUGAACGAAGGUGCUCCUCCCAGUGAACUCGGCGCCCUGGAAUGGGUCGUCAAGGAAGCUGAGAACGAAAUGGAGCGUCUCGACAAGAUGGCCGAGCAGCUGCUCGAGGACGAGGGCCCUGAAAGCCCUCACAUGGACAAGAUGGAUCCCUCAACAUUCGCCACCCGUGCUUCCCUGAUUUUGACCGGUCUUGGUUUCAACAAGAAGACCAUCCACAAGAAGACCAAGGAUAUGUCUGGUGGAUGGAGAAUGCGUGUUGCUCUGGCCAAGGCUCUGUUCGUCAAGCCCUCGCUUCUCCUGCUCGACGACCCCACUGCUCACUUGGAUCUCGAGGCCUGCGUGUGGCUGGAAGAGUACCUCAAGAAGUGGGACCGAACGCUUGUCCUGGUUUCUCACUCCAUGGAUUUCCUCAACGGAGUGUGCACCAACAUGAUUGACAUGCGUGAGAAGGCCCUGCAGUACUAUGGUGGUAACUACGACUCCUACGCCAAGACUCGUGAGGAAAACGAGACAAACCAGAUGAAGGCCUACACCAAGCAGCAGGAAGAAAUUGCCCACAUCAAGAAGUUCAUUGCCAGUGCCGGUACCUACGCCAACUUGGUCCGACAGGCCAAGUCCCGCCAGAAGAUUCUGGACAAGAUGGAGGCCGACGGCUUCAUCCAGCCCGUCGUUGCUGACAGGGUCUUUACCUUCCGUUUCGCUGAUGUCGAGAAGCUGCCCCCUCCCGUCCUGUCCUUUGACAACGUCACCUUCUCCUACUCUGGCAACCCCGAGGACGACCUGUACCGCAACAUUGACCUCGGUUUCGACAUGGACUCCCGUACCGCUCUGGUCGGCCCCAACGGUGUUGGCAAGUCAACGCUGCUGCGCUUGAUGACUGGCAAGCUCUCCCCCACUGGCGGAGCGGUCACCCGUCACACUCACUUGAAGCUUGGUCUGUACUCCCAGCACAGCGCUGAGCAGCUCGACCUGACCAAGUCUGCCCUGGACUUUGUCCGUGACAAGUACAAGGAGAAGUCCCAGGACUACCAGUACUGGCGUCAGCAGCUCGGCCGCUACGGUCUCACUGGUGACUCCCAGACCGCCCUGAUGGGCACUCUGUCCGAGGGUCAGAAGAGCCGUAUCGUCUUUGCCCUGCUUGCCAUUGACGGCCCCAACAUGCUGCUGCUUGACGAGCCUACCAACGGUCUUGAUAUCCCCACCAUUGACAGUCUGGCUGAGGCCAUCAACGCCUUUAGCGGAGGUGUGAUUGUUGUGUCCCACGACUUCAGAUUGCUGGACAAGAUUGCCAAGCAGAUUUUGGUGUGCGAGAACCAGACCAUCCGAUCAUGGGACGGCAGCAUUGGCGAGUACAAGAACUACCUUCGCAAGAAGAUGAUCACGGCCGGUGCUGUGUAAUGGAGCGAAUGCAUGAGACGCAAAAAUUUAAAAGUGCAUAUUGACAUGGCAAUUGAAAUUCUUAUAGAACGGAUGAUGAAUGACAGGGAAUUGGACGGCGGCUACAUGGGAUAAGGAUGUCACACGCGGCAAAAAAGGCCAUCAGGGAAGGUGGCGCGUUGAAAAAAAGCCAAAAGCCGCGCAGAGAGUGCGCAUGAGCACGGCCGCGAUACCCUAGAGAUGCGGGAUGCAUGCAUUCAUGAUCGAUGUUUUUGUUUUUUUCAAUUUUACGGGAUAGACUUGGUAGUAUCAUUUGAGAAUUUUCUUGGGGUUAGUUACUACUAGGUUUGAAUGAUAUGGAGGGCAUUAGACAGAAUGAAAUGAAGCCAGGAUCUUGUU